AUGGCAGCAACAGACAUAGAGAAGACAGUCUUUAGAACUCAACAUGGACACUUCGAAUUUAUGGUCAUGCUAUUCGGUCUCACCGACGCUCCUUCAACCUUUCAAAAUAUGAUGAAUGAAAUUUUCCAGCCAUACUUACGUAAGUUUGUGCUAGUCUUCUGUGACGAAAUCUUAAUUUUUAGUAAGACUUUGGUGGAACACAUACAUCAUGUGCGGCUAGUUUUUGAACUAUUGAGGACCAACAUGUUAUUUUUAAAGAAAUCCAAAUGCUCUUUUGGUGAGUCACAAGUGGCUUAUUUGGACCAUAUUAUUCAUGGUGCUGAAGUCAAAAUGGUGUAA